CUUCUCUCUUUCCCUCGCCGUUCGUCUCGUCUCAAUUGAUAUUCUAGCCUCCGAUCUGGCCUUGCAUACCUGCCCAUAGUCAGCACUAGCCUGCGCAAGCGACAAAAUGGGCGAAGAGAUCUCCGACUUCGAAAAGCAGCGACUGGCAAAUAUCGCCGAGCGCGAUGCGCUCCUCAAGAAGCUCUCCUUGGAGGCGCAAUCCUCAGGCCUCUUCCCGGCCAAGAUGCAACCCUCCAGGACGCCCUCGUCGCGAGAUCAAUCCGCCCGCGCGAAGAAGAAGAAGACGCCCGUGAAACGCGUCAAGCAGGAGGAGGCGUCGCCGGUGCCGCGGCGCACGUCGUCGCGGCUGAGGGGCAUCGCGGCGGAGAGCGAGGUCGCCAAGCGGAAGGCGGAGGAGGAGGACGCGGCGCUGCAGGCGGCGGAGCGGGCAAAGCGCGUGCGCAAGUCGGAUGCUUUCUCGUUCAAUGAGAUGGUGGUGUACGGGCAGAAGUUGUCGGGGGAUAGUCUGAUUGGGGUGGACGUGGUCACCAAGGGCGUGGCGAUGCCUUACCAGCGCACGUUCGACGAGGAAGAUAUCGAGAAGACGACGGAUAAGGAUCUGAAGGCGCUGAGGGAGGAGAUGAGUGGGUUGAAGCUGUGGGAGGCGUGGGAGCCUAAUCGCAUCAAGCUCACCCCCGAACGGAUCUACACAAUGGCCUUCCACCCCACAGAGAGCAAACCCCUCCUCUUCGCCGGCGACAAACUAGGCCACCUGGGCAUCCUAGACGCCUCGCAAGAACGGAACACAGCAAUCAAAGCUGAGGAGUCAGGCGACGAGGACGAGGACGAGGAUGAAGAGGACGCAGACCCGAACCUCACGACCCUGAAACCACACACCCGCACCAUCAGCUCAAUCUACAUACACCCAUCGACACCGACGAAGGUGUACACAGCCAGCUACGACAGCAGCAUCCGAGCGACGGACCUCGAGAAAAGCACCAGCGUGGAGCAAUACGCGCCGGCCUCGACGACAGACGACGUGCCGAUCUCCGGGUUGGACAUGGCAGCAGACGACCCGCACGUGCUGUACUGGACGACGCUGGACGGCGAAUUCGGGCGCCACGACACGCGCGCGCCGCAGGCCGUGACGAUCUGGCGUCUGGCCGAGAAGAAAAUCGGGGGCUUCUCGCUGUACCCGGCGCGGCCGCAUUACUUCGCCACGGCCUCGCUGGACCGGUCCAUGCGUAUCUGGGAUCUGCGCAUGCUGCAGGCCCCUGCCGCUAAGCAAUCGAGCAGCACCAGGAGAUCAUCUACCCGACGCCAACAAGCCCCCAUUAAGGAAGAGGAGGAAGACGAAGAGGACAAAACCUGGACCCCAGUGGCCGAGCACUACAGCCGCCUGUCGGUGUCGCACGCGGCGUUCAACAGCGCAGGCCAAAUCGCCACCUCCUCGUACGACGACACGAUCAAGAUCUACGACCUCAGCGGGCCGAAGGGCAUCAACAAGUGGGCGAAGGGCCAUACUCUCGCCGAGGACGAGCUGAAACCUGAUACCGUGGUCCGGCAUAAUUGUCAGACGGGCCGAUGGGUGACGAUUCUCCGCCCCCAAUGGCAACAACUCCCACAAUCCCCAAUUCAACGCUUCUGCAUCGGCAACAUGAACCGCUUCGUGGACGUCUACAGUGCUGCGGGCGACCAACUCGCGCAGCUCGGCGGCGAGGGCAUCACGGCCGUGCCGGCUGUCGCGGUUUUCCAUCGGAGUAAGAACUGGGUGGCGGGUGGAACGGCUAGUGGGAAGAUCUGCUUGUGGAUGUGAUGUGAUAGGUAAAAAGAGAGUCCGGGCUGGUACUCUUGAGAAGGUGGUGUGACUGUCUGAUAGCGUGGUUCCUGAUGUCCUUGUUUUGAAUCCAUUAAAGGCUGUGGGUGUAUAUAUGUAGAUAUAGCGUGAUGCGCUAUUGCGUCGUGGGUAGGUAAUCUCGCAAGACCGGAGGACUGAAGUAAGGAGAUACUAC